CAACCUGGUACGAACGAGAAAAGAGAAUCAUAUGAAAAGUUAGGAGAAUGAACGAGAAACACCUGAGUAGUGAGUGAGUGAGUCAAUGUUAGUCAAACACACACACACUCUCACACAUAAACCGUGGAAAUUCAACAAACACUAAACUCGUUUAGCUUUUUGCAUUAAUCGAUUAACAAAAAAAGUUCUCUUUCUCUAGAAGCUUCUCUUUCUGCGUCUAAGUUUCCAUGGCUGAGCAUCGCGUCUCUGAAGCUCUCCCUGUGGGACCCACUCAGCUUCCCCCAGAACAACAAAAAGCUCAAGAGAUAAAGGAACCAGUCGGUGAAUCACCGUUAGCUACCCAGUCGCAGAAAAGCGAAUUACCGAGUUCUGAUGAAAAUUCGAAUUCAGAAACCCUAAUUGCUUUUCCAUCUUCGGUUUUGGAUCAACCGAGUUUCGAUGUGCAAGGAAUCCCUGAUACUCUGAGUUCUGUUGCCAAAUCCGAAAUUAAGGAAACGGUUGGACCUCCUGAAAAUGAAAAGGAAGUUGCUAAAAGUGAAGCUGCCCAGGAACCUUCAGCUCAGGCCGAAUAUCAGAUUCAAGUGACUGUGUCUUUAACUCCACCGUCUGAACUAUCCCCAAAUUCUGUUGCAAAAUCUUUUUCAUCCGUUCCUAGUCCAACCAUACAAAUACAGAAUAUGUCUCCUCCAAACGUUAGUAAUACGCCUGUGGCAGAAGUAAACAAAAAAAAUACUUCUGGUGGUAGAGCCUUGUCUUCUGUUUCUGUUCCAAGGACACCAUCAUCUGAUGGAUUCAACUGGCGGAAAUAUGGGCAGAAGCAAGUUAAGAGUCCUACUACAGGUUCUCGAAGCUAUUACAGGUGUACUCAAUCAAACUGUUGUGCUAAGAAGAUUGAAUGCUGGGAUCAUUCAGGUCAUGUGAUAGAGACUGUUUAUAAAAGUGAGCACAGUCAUGAUCCCCCACGGAAGAUUAGUUCCAUUAGGGAAAGUAAGUUUGCGCCCUCCAACGAACCAACUGCAGAGAACAGUGUUUUAGUGAAGCCUGCCGAUGCUCUGAAAGAUUCUGAUCCAUCCACAUCUUCCAAAGCUCAAGAAGAAACACCUUGCAGCUCUGACAAGAAACUACAAAACUCAUCUGAUAUCAAUGGUAAUGGUAAAAUAGUUUUGAACGAGGAACAUGUUGACGAGCCAGAUCCAAAACGAAGAAAGGAUAAAGGCGACUUGGUUCACUCAGAUUCUCCUGUAAAACCUGAAAAGAAACCCAAGUUUGUUGUACAUGCAGCAGGAGAUGUGGGGAUAUCUGGUGAUGGAUACCGAUGGCGCAAGUAUGGACAGAAAAUGGUGAAGGGUAACCCACAUCCCAGAAACUACUACAGAUGCACUUCUGCUGGAUGUCCUGUUCGAAAGCACGUUGAGACUGCCGUGGACAGCUCAGAUGCUGUCAUCAUAACUUACAAGGGUGUACAUGAUCAUGACACUCCUGUGCCGAAGAAACGACAUGGUCCACCGAGUGCUCCUCUUGUGGCUGCUGCAGCACCUGCCUCCAUGAAUAAUUUGCAGUGCCCACCAAGUGCUCCUCUUGUGGCUGAUGCAGCACCUGCCUCAUUGAAUAAUUUGCAGUUGAGUAAACCAGACUCGCCGCAAAAUCAGAAAAUUUCUACUCAAUGGUCAGUGGACACAGAAGGAGAACUAACUGGGGAAGCCAAGGACCUUGGGGGUGAGAAAGCAAUAGAGUCAGCUCGAACACUUCUGAGCAUAGGUUUUGAAAUCAAGCCUUGCUGAAUUCAUCAUUCAGAAACCAUGCAGUUGUAAUAUAUAAAUUAGAUAGCCGGUCUCUUGUAAUUUCUCACGGCUUCAUGUGUUUAUCCUUUAUUCUUGUUUCCUGGUUUUUUCUCAUGUAGGCUUUAGUGGAACAGUUUGUGUGUAUUUAUUUGCAUGUACAUCCGUUCAGCUUGUCUGAAAAGGUUUGCUAGUAGUGGAACAAAUAUAGAAUUGAUUGGCAUAAUCUAUUUACAUGGUAAUGGGGACAAGUGUAGUAUGACAGUGUUAUCAUUUUA